AUGCAGUUGUGGCUAUUUAGCUUACGACACUUUGUACAAAAGCAAAAUGAGUUCCGCCGAGUGAAAUAUGACUUUGGUUGGAGCUCCGAAGGUCUGAGCUUAUUCAUGUUAGGAGACUUGGCAAAUAGACUUGGUUUCUCCUCUCGGCAUAUCCAUCAGCUUUGUGCCCGUCAGGAGAAUGUGCCUGGUAUGGUAGCCAAAGGCUUUAUUAGCUCCUUAUAUAAGGGCGAUUCGGAGGCUUCCCGACGGGAAAUAAUUGAUUCCUUAUCGAACCAAAUUGGAAAGGCUUUUGAGAAUCUUGCCGAUUCAGAUAAUUCAGGGAACAAACAUCCGAAGACGACCACAGGGAAGCGGAGUAAAGGCACAGGACGGAGGUUCAAUGCGCCAUCCCUCCCAGAAUUGGAGGAACAGGCCAGUUAUCUGUUCCUUCCUAAUAUUGUUCUAGAAGACCAAGCGCGAGAACGAUAUCCAACAUCCUGGGUUAUAACAAAAGACAUUCUGGCCUGUUUUAUUUCCGACCUGAGUUCUAUCCAACUUUCAACCCAAAAGGAUAGCCAUCCAGUUAGCUCGGAGCCUUUGGUAGAUGAGAGCUACCCUGAACCCAACACUGAAAAGGGCACAACCCCUGACCUGAAUCAAGAUCCCCUGGAAAAUGAGAAUGUCCAGAUUCCAAGCCCCAUUAUUGAUGAAAGCUCACCAAGAAAAGACACUGGCACUGAUGAGACCAAUAAUGAAAACCUCUACAGCCCAUCGAUAUAUACAGAUAAUGGCCAUGAGAGUGAUCAGGAUCAGUCACUUCAAGAACAAGAGGCUAUACCUACUCAAGUUAACGAAGGUUCCGUUAGCACCCCAGCUGAUGAGUCCGAAAAUAAUGGCCAUCUCAAUCUUGUUCCUGGGUUUGAGGAUAGUUAUCCAGUGGGGCCUCUCAGAACGGAGCUUCAAAUCCCAACAGGCAGAACAGUACCAGAAAUUCUGCAAACCUGGUUUCAGGCUCCAGAGGGUCACACCCUGAUAGUUCUGUUUCUCUUUGAGUCUCGCCGCUAUUAUAAGUUCGGACUUGAUGACGAAGACACCCUAGAAACUACGUUGAAGACGCUGGCAGAGGGGUAUAAUUUUUUUAGUAUAGAUCCGGAGUUUGGGUUUGUAAGUCUAGGUGUCAAUGAGGUUUUACAGUCGGCGCUGGAUCGACGAAUUUUGCUGGUUGGACGAAUAAAUCACCCAAAAGUAAUGGUUGAGGAAGGUGGCAUGACCAUGUCGGUAGAGACAUUAAAAGGCUAUGUACAGAAAAAUAAGAAAAGAAAGUAUAGGGAUAUUGAAGAGGUUCGUAUCCGAGGGAAGGACGGGGAAGGAAGACCAAGGAUAAGGAGGAGAAUUGACUAUGGAGCGGAGUCUGACGCUGACAGGUUGGCACUGGUACAUAUUAAAGACCCGAGUAAGGGUGAAUAG